AUGGACCAGCCAACCCAGCCCAACACAGCCGCCAUGCAGAGCGCGCAGCGCCGACGGGGCUCUGUGGGCACCACACAGCUCUUUGACAACAUUGUGUCGACCUCCAACUUCGAUCGCGAAGAGGUAGAUCGCCUGCGGAAGCGAUUCAUGAAGCUUGACAAGGACGGCUCCGGUACAAUCGACCGCGAUGAGUUUCUGUCCUUGCCCCAGGUCUCCUCCAACCCUCUUGCCACGAGAAUGAUCGCAAUUUUCGAUGAGGACGGUGGCGGCGAUGUCGAUUUUCAAGAAUUCGUGACUGGUCUUUCGGCAUUCAGCUCCAAGGGCAACAAAGAAGAAAAACUCCGAUUUGCCUUCAAGGUUUACGACAUUGAUCGGGACGGCUAUAUUUCCAAUGGCGAACUGUUCAUCGUCUUAAAGAUGAUGGUUGGUAACAACCUCAAGGACAUGCAGCUACAGCAGAUUGUGGACAAGACCAUUAUGGAAGCCGACAAGGACCAGGACGGACGAAUCAGCUUUGAGGAGUUCACUGAGAUGGUGGAGAGUACCGAUGUGAACCUGAGCAUGACGUUGAGUAAGUUUCACGUUUCACGUUUCACCUUUACCCGCUCUUCUCGUGAUGACUGUUCUGCCCUUACCAAAUAUAACCCGAAUGCUGGACCUCGCAGCGUCGACCAGUAUCCCGUACCCUUCUUUGCCUUUGGUUUACGAUCUGCUGUUCAUCCGUUUACUGGCAAUGAUAUUCCCAUCCCUCUCGAGCCUCGGGUCAACCUCCGUCCGAACUGCAAGUCUCGUGGUGCUGUGCCAUCUCAACCGGGAGGGGGUCCAGUCGCAAUUUCAAUCCGUUCCAAUGUUUUCCCACUCCCAUGGCUUCUCGCGGGCACCGUCUCCCUUCCCGGGGAGCUCUCGGUGGCAAUCUCCGAGCAGCCAGCUCAGCUAUAA